AUUCGAGUGAAGCAAGAUUGCAGCUUGUGAGGAAUGAUAAAGGGAAAAGAGCAACACCACCAACAACAAAUGAAAACUACCAAGGUGGUAGAGUGAAGAGACUGAAAAAACAAACACAAGGGCAAGAGAGUGAUGACGACUUUGAGAUACAACCAUGCCAAGGUGGUGGUGGAAAUGAGGUUGUGAAGAAAAUGGGAAAGCAAAAUAUUAAGGAAAGCAUCAAAGAUGUGAAGUCAAAGUAUUUGACAAUACGUACAAGGUCUUCACCUAAUUUGCUUGUUAAAGCAAUGGGUAGGAUGACUGAUGCUCAGAAGCAAGCUGUAAAGAACAUUGGUUUUGGUUCAUUGUUUGAAAUGCAAGUUUCUGAAAUACCAGGCAGGAUGGGGUUUUGGGUGGUUGAUAACUUCAAUGCUAAAAAAUGCUCAUUAGUGCUACAUGAUGGAAAAGAGAUGCAAAUAAUGGAGGAAGAUGUUACUCGAGUAUUAGGUUUCCCGUUAGGGGGGACAGAAAAUUGUGGCAACGAAGAGAAAUGAAGAGAGUGCACUACUUCUUGCAUGGAAAGCAAUGUUUCCAAAAGAGGAGUCAAAAAUUAGCCCGACAGAUGUUAGUGCAGCAAUGCUUGACAUGAAAGAUGGAGGUGAUUGGUUCAAGAGGAACUUCAUUAUUCUUAUGGUAUCACUACUGCUUGAGAGCACUCAGAAUGGGUAUGUUAAUCCAAUGAUUAUGAAUCAUUUGGAAGAUGUUGACAAGAUAAAAGAUUUUGAUUGGUGUGACCAUGUGCUGAAUUGUUUACUUGAUAGUAAAGUGUCAUGGGAGAAGAAGAAAAAAAAAGCUUUUACGGGCCCUUUGCUGUUUUUAAUGUUGUUGUAUGUUGACAGAGUGGUGGUGUACAGAAGAAAGGUGGAUAGAAGUUUACCUAUCAUGAAACUGUGGAAUGGGAAACUUCUUCGGGAGAGAGAACUGAUGGAAAUAGAAAGUGGGGGUUUUGGGAUGGGUCGCUGCGAAGGACCAUUCAUUUCGGAACAAUGUAUACAGAAGGACAAACCACAUGGGGAAGGAGGAAGUGCAGACAGAGUUGAGGUGCAAUAUACUGAUGGUGAUAAUCCUGAGGAAUUUGUGAAGAGAUUCGCUCAGAAAACAAAUCUCUUGGCUGCAACUGUGAUUGAUGUUUUGAACAUGUGUGAACAAGCACCAACAAACUUAAUUGAAAUAGAGAAGUUCAUGAAGAUGCAAGAAGCUGCGCAACAGUUAAUUGGAGUUGGGAAGAAGAAAAGAGUGGUGAAUGCUACACAAGAAACAGAUGGUAGAAGUACCCAAGAGAUAGAAGAUGGUGAGUUCUGGGCAGAGACAAUAAGUGCAGUUCAGAGGGUUGAAAAUGCAAAUGAAAAGAAGUCCUUGUACGAGAAAGGAAUAGAAGAGAUUCCAACAUUUUCAAUUGGGCUGACACAAGAAAAAGAAAACCCAUUUCCAACAAUAUCAGAACUAUGUGCUCAAAUAGAAAAAGUAGUAAAUGAAGAUGCGCAGCCUGAAGAACAAUGUGAACAUCAAGUUGUUGUGUGGAAUGUGACACACAAGGAGAAGGAAGCAGAAGUUCUUGUUGAGGGAUGAGAUUGUUUUCAAAUACAAUCAAGUUUCAAUCAAGCGAGGAGAGAUGCUUAGCCUCGAGGAGAAAACCCACUUAUGCAUGAACGUGUUAGACGCCUGGACAGUGUGCUUGAAUAGGAAAGACAAAACACGGAGUUCUACGUCACCGUGCAGAUUGUUUGCGAAAUCAAUUCGUUGUUUGUACACAAUGGAUAACCCACUCCCUGAAGACCAAACAUAUGAAGUGUUUAAGGAAGGAAUGGUUCUGGCAUUGGAAGCCGUGAAACUGGAUAUCAAAAUGGAAGAUGUAGAUUUGUUCUUUUUCCCAAUAGUGCAACCAAAGCAUUGUUAUGUUGUGUGUUUCCACAUGAAGAAACAGAUUGUUGAAGUUUUGACAACGUAGUCGAUCAAAUGCGGUUGGAUGAAAAAUAUGGUGAAAUGCCAUACACACUGAGAGAUAUGUUUGUGGACUACUUUACUGAAGUGGAGCUUGAUAAUGACUCCAAUACAUUUUACAAGCCAAAUCUAAAGAGAUUGACAAUGAACUGGAGAGAAGCUAAUAAUGUGCAUGAUUAUGGCUUGUGGAGCAUGAGGCAUAUGGAGACCUACAUGGACAAAGGCGUCAAGGGUUGGGAUUGUGGAGUGAAGAAAGGAGAUGCAAAGGAACUGAGUGCAUUACGAGUGAGGUAUUGUGCAACACUCAUCACAUCAGACGUGAAUGAGAUGAAGGACAAGAACUUGGAUGAAGUGAAGUCAUUUGCGAAGGGGAAAAAUAUUAAGAAAUAGAUGUGAAUUUGGGACUAAACAAUUGUUUGAUGCCUUGAACAUUUGAUUGCGUGAAUUUGGGACUAAUUAUUGUGCUUGAACUUUUAUAUUGCGUGAGACGUAUUUGUUUUUUUAAAAGGCGUGAUGCCUUGAACAUUUGAUUUUGUUGGUUACCA